AUGGACUGUCCUACCGUCAUGAAGACUUACCGGAUCAAGAGGCCCAUCAUCUGCGAUUGGGGCAGGGGAAAUGAAAACCCGCAGACCCAUCUCACGCGGAACGAGCAGGAGCAACUGCGGCAGCGCCGGCAACACCUCCAACUAUCAGAUCACCGAUCGGUCUUGCUGGGAGAACGAAAAACAACUAAUGACUGGUUUUGUGGUGGUACCUUGAUUAGCGAUGACUACGUCCUCACGUCUGCUCACUGUUUUGAAGGAGACAGAAGACUGGACGUGAUUCGACUGGGUGAGCACGAUUUGAAUUCUGACACGGAAAGUGUACCUGUAGUGGAUAUCAGCCCUGCCCAGGAUGGAAUCAUAAUUCAUCCUGACUUCAAAUCUCCUGCUCGCUAUGCUGACAUCGCUCUCAUCCGGUUGUCGAAGCCGGUGAAUUUCACUAAGGAAAUCCUGCCAGCUUGUCUCCACAAUUCCAAACAGCGUCUUGAUCUCAGUCCCGAAACGGUGCUCACUUUCGCCGGAUGGGGCACCGUUGGAUACGGGCAAGAGAUGAGUCCAACAUUGCAGGAGGUGAAGGUGCCGCUGGUAGACUUGCAAUCCUGUAAUGCAGCCUCCUUCCAAAUGACUGGGGCAGUCGUGAAAAUUCCCGAUGGAAUUAAGGACUCAAUGCUCUGCGCCGGCGAAAAGGGCAAGGACUCCUGCCAGGGUGAUUCGGGAGGAGCUCUGCUGUACGAAGACCCCAAUAGCAGACGGUUCAAGGUUGUGGGGAUAUCUUCCUUCGGGUAUGGCUGCGGGGUUGAUGGAUUCCCCGGAAUCUACACCAAAAUCGCUCCAUUCCAAACAUGGAUUAAUAGGAUUGUGUUUCAAAGAUGAUCCGUUCAGUUCGUCUUGUGGAGUCUUCGUGCCCAUGGAUGAGCAGAGGGGAAGAGUCCCCGAGUUACUACGCCGAGUAGUAAUAGCGGACCUCCUCUCGCCCCUUCACGCCCUCACCUCUGCCCUAUGGCAGUCCGUCUUGAACCUCUGGCCGGACAGCACGCGAAGAUCCUCAGCUAGAGUCCACUCCCAGGUUCUAGCUUGUCCUAACCCUGCUUUUUUUCGGUCAGGUCAAUUCCUCACCCCAUCUGCCGGGGCUCUUUGUCCCGGCAGCUUGUUAAUUUGUUGUUAAUUGUCUUUGUUAAGACAUAUCCCUCUCUACA